GCACCCUGUGUGGCAUGAAUAUAAACAGAGAUUGUGCGAAAUUGUGAGCAUGAAAGUCUAAAUAAAUAUUUUAACGAUUUAACCGGUUGAUUAUUUGCGAUGGAUCGUUGUUUUCACAAUCCGUAUGAGGAUUACCGCGGCGGUGCAGUUUCUGUGGACGGUAGUUUCGUUCGCAAUUUGAUAAACGAAUAUGUGGCAACAAUUUUACUGCACACAAAUCCAGCCAAGGCACAGAGAAAUGCGGAUAAACGAGGCGAUUUGUACGUAGGAAAUGCUGGCAUCGCGUACAUGUUUCUGAGACUGCAUCAAUCCCAACAUGAUUUUAAGGAGUUGCAACCGCUUGUAAAUGCUCAAUUGUAUAUAAAUGAUGCUAAAAGCAAAGCAAAGCAAUACACCCAGUCAAGGUCGCGAGACGAACGUUGUUCGUUUCUGUGUGGAAAUGCUGGCAUUUAUUGCGUAGCCGCAGUAAUUUCAUCGACUGCAAACAAUUUGGAUGAAAUGAAGAAAGACUUGGAAGCGUUCGAAACGGGAUACGAAGCGUGUAAGCCGAUGCAUUUCAGUCGAUAUGGCAGCGAUGAGGUGUUGGUUGGCCGAGCCGGCUAUCUCAGUGGAAUUUAUUGGCUGAAUAAGCAAUUGAUGCCACAACCGUUUGAGGACAAUCGAAUCAGCGAACUCUGUCAAGUGAUGAUCAAUAGUGGAAGACAAUAUUCAGCCGAUAAAGGAUCACCCUUCCCACUGAUGUAUCAUUAUCACGGAACGGAAUAUUUGGGAGCUGCGCAUGGUCUUUGUUCUAUUCUUCAUAUGAUGCUGGAAUCACCGUGGUUCAAGCGAAAUGGAGAUGCCCCCAACUUUACAAACAUAUCCAAAACGAAACUGCUUGACAUCAAGAAUUCAAUUGACGGAUUCGUCGCACUUCAAGAUCAUGACGGAAACUUUCCCUGUGCAAUGGAAGACCUAAGUUAUCCGAAUGACAAUCCCCUAAUUCAUUGGUGUCAUGGUGCACCCGGAGCUGUUUACUUGCUGAUCAAGGCGUACUUAGUGUUCAGGGAGGAAAAGUAUCUGCAUUCGUGUCGAAGAGCAGCCGAUUUGAUAUGGCACUACGGGCUACUACGGAAAGGACCUGGCAUAUGUCAUGGUGUGGCCGGCAAUGGAUAUGUUUUUUUGAUUAUGUACCGACUAACGGGAGAAGUCAAGUACAUGCAUCGUGCAACGAAGUUCGCUGAAUUUCUGAAGAGUUCCGAAUUUCUGCAACGAUCCCGUACACCUGACUGUCCAUUUAGUUUGUACGAAGGACUAGCCGGUACGGUUUGUUUUUUGAUUGAUCUGUUGGAACCACAAAGAUCUUGUUUUCCGUUCAUGGAUGUAUUUUAGCCAAAUUUUCGUUACUUGUAAACUAUGAAAUCAUUAAAAUUCUAAAGUCAAACUCUA